GCCCCGAGUCUGAGAGCGGCGCGGGGGGAGGGGGUGUCCGGUGGCUGCGCUGCCUGCAGCGGGUGCCCGAGCCCGGGGCGGAGAGCCGGGAGCACACGGCCGCCGCUGGCCAACCCUCGGGGAAAGGACCUAGCUGUGCCACCUGCUUUCCACGCACCACCGGUGCUCAGAUGUCCUCAACUUGGGGACUCCGCGCUGAGGUCCUGAGUUUUGUUCCUAUCAAGCCUUCGCCUUUGUACUUUUGACCGUGCUGUUCCUUCCUUCAGAAAUAACCUCCCUGACCGUUCUCCUGGUUUACUCUUAAAUCUUCCAACAGCACCUGACUCCCCAGCCCCUUAAAAACCUGAAGAGCUGGGCUGAACGGCUCGGAUCCUCAGGGCCAGUUUCGGCGUAGGGACGCGGGUUUCCACCAGGGGGCGCAAGGACUCCGCCAUCCUUCACUUUGUCCACCAGGGGACGCUGCCGCCCGCCUGUGACCAUCGCGGGAUGGGGAGUUCUAUCCGUGGAUUAGCCCCGCCUGAUUGGGAGAGGCGCUGUGAAGCUUUUUGCAUAAUCUUGAAAGGGCCGCGCUGAGUGGUUGCAGUACAAAAGAGGAAUGUGAAACGGGCUCUCUCAUUGGCUGAAAAUUUCCCCCUCGCUCCGCGUCCCCAUCCCGACCCGGCCGGACCCUGAGGUCAGUCGGAAGCCGCGGGUUGGUGGCGAGAGAGGACCCAGGAGUUGAUGUACCCCGAAGAGGGCGCGUCUGGACACUGUCCGGCGCUGCGACCCUUGCCACCUGCCUCUCCACCCACCGAGACCCUCGCCACCCUGGCCCCACCCACGCUGCCCUGAGGUGGGAAGAGGCAUCUCAGCUGCAGCUUCGGACGUCCCGGGUGUCUCUCGGGCCCCCGGGCAGCUGAGUUUGCCCCUCUACAAAGUGCAGCCGUGGGUGGGAGCCAGGGUGGGCUCCGAGGCCUGCUCCCGCCGGGGCCCACAGCCGCUCCGAGUGGGACCCCGCGGCUCGCAGUAGCAUGGGCAUCGAGAACGAAAGCCCGGGGCCGGACUGCCAGAAACAGUUCCAGGCUGCGGUCAGCGUCAUUCAGAACCUGCCCAAGAACGGCUCUUACCGGCCGUCCUACGAAGAAAUGCUGCGAUUCUACAGCUACUACAAGCAGGCCACCACCGGGCCCUGCCUGGUCCCCCGGCCUGGGUUCUGGGACCCCAUCGGACGAUAUAAGUGGGAUGCCUGGAACAGCCUGGGCAAGAUGAGCAGAGAGGAGGCCAUGUCUGCCUACAUCGCCGAGAUGAAGCUGGUGGCACAGAAGCACCCCUGCCCGCAGGUGAUCGACACGGUGCCCCUGGGUGAGGUGGCAGAGGACAUGUUUGCUUACUUCGAGCCCCUGUACCAAGUGAUCCCUGAUAUGCCAAAGCCGCCAGAAGCCUUCCUGAGAAAGGUCACAGGUUGGAAAGCACAGGUGCUAAAUGGAGGUGCAGGGACUGUCCUGGAGCCUCCCUGCCCCCUCAAGGAGCUGGCACCCCCAAGCCCAGAGGCUCAGCCACCCCGGGACCUGGACGCUGAGGUUUUCUGCGAUUCCCUGGAGCAGCUGGAGCCUGAGCUGCAGGUCUGGCCAGAGCAGAGGGGUGCGGCUGGAGGGGAGCCCGCCACCACGCACAGCCUGGUGACCCCCAGAGAGAAAGAAGGGCUGGGGUGCAGCCUGCUGGGGCCCCAGGAGUUGGACACGUGGCUGCUGGGGACGGUGCAAGCCCUGCAGGAGAACAUGCGGGACGUCCAGGGCAGGCUGCAGAGCCUGGAGAGCCCGCCCCAGGCCCCUGAGCAGGGUGCCGGCAUCGCAGGCGGCGGCUUUAAUCCAUUGCUCCCCAACGCUGGCCCUUUGACAGUUUUGGUACCUUUAAUCGGAAUCAGUAAUUGAUUUAAUGAUUGCAAAAAAAAAAAAAAAAAAAGAAAAAGUUGGCUUUUAAAUUCUCUUAUUUCGGUAACAUUUAUGAACUAUCCAUUUUCUGUCGAGUUUCCCUGAAAUACAGUGAGUGCCUUAUGGAAAGACAGGAUAAGUGCUUAGUUCUUUCUCAAUUAUCUAUUUUUAAAGUAAGGAGUGGAUUUAAAAGCCACCACGCUGGUGACAGGUUUCCAGUAUUCCCUUUUUUUGAGUGCCAGUAUGGACUCAUGCUUCUGAAGGUUCAUCACCAGGCUCACGCCCACCACUGUGGCCAGCGUGGGGGUGUGUGUGUAUGUGGGUGUGUGUCUGUGUCCUUGGCACACCACCACCUCUGGAAGCUCCUGGCUGGCGGCUACAAGAAGCCCGCAUUCCCCCCUCCCUGGCCUGCCCAGCGCGGGAGUCAGCCACCAGAAGAGCACUUAAAAAGGAACCUCUGAGACCCAGGGGCCCCGUUAGAAGUGCACUCCAGUCCCUUACCACACAGGGUCCUCGGUGCCUACCGGGAGGGUCGUGGCUUUGUGGCCCAGAGCGCGCAGCCCCUGCUGCCUCUCCUGGCACCUGGGACCGCCCUGGGGGGCAGGAGGUGGACAGGAGUUGGGAGUCCCACAUGCCGGGGACACACCGGGAAUGGCUUCCCUUCCAGCCCUGCAGCCGGGGGCAGGCUCUCACAGUCGCCUGCAGAGUUCUGGACGCGGCCCCUGGGGGUGGCGGUGGGGGGGGGGGCUGCCGCCGAGUGUC